AAAAAUAACGCCCCUGGGGAGUGACGGAAUCGGAUGUUGUCAACGCUGGGGUCUUCAAAUUGGCUUCCCCGCAACUUUGCCAAAUCUUCACUUCUACACCCAAGGAGACUGUCGCCAUGGCUUCCACGACGCCCAUUAAGAUUGGAAUAAUUGGCGGUUCAGGCCUUGAUGAUCCUGAUAUCUUGGAGGGAAGGACUGAGCGUUAUGUUGAUACACCGUAUGGAAAGCCAUCAGAUGCCCUGAUACUGGGGAAGAUCAAAAACGUUGAAUGUGUGCUCCUUGCAAGGCAUGGAAGACAGCACACCAUAAUGCCGUCUAAUGUGAACUACCAGGCCAACAUCUGGGCGCUGAAAGAAGAGGGUUGUACACAUCUGCUGGUUACUACGGCAUGUGGCUCACUUCGGGAGGAGAUUCAGCCAGGAGACAUUGUCAUCAUUGAUCAGUUCAUUGACAGGACUACCAAGAGGGCUCAGACGCUGUACGACGGGCGGCACACCAGUCCUCCAGGUGUGAGUCACAUCCCCAUGGCUGAGCCGUUCUGCAACAGAACCAGAGAGGUUUUGGUGGAGGUGGCACGGAGCCUGGGGGUCAAGUGCCAUGUGAGAGGGACUAUGCUGUCCAUCGAGGGGCCUCGCUUUUCGUCGCGGGCGGAGAGUCUGAUGUUCCGCCAGUGGGGUGCUGACGUCAUCAAUAUGACCACCGUGCCCGAGGUGGUCCUCGCCAAGGAGGCAGGCUUGUGCUAUGCCAGCAUCGCCAUGGCAACAGACUAUGACUGUUGGAAGGAACAUGAGGAGGCGGUCUGUGUUGACAACGUAAUGAAGACCAUGAAGGAGAAUGCCAACAAAGCUAGCAGUAUCCUGCUAACUGCAAUACCCCAGAUUAGUCAGAUGGACUGGGCUCAGACAAUAAAGACCUUGAAAUCAAUGGCGCAAUCUUCAGUAAUGUUACCAAAACACUAAGCGUGUAAGAGAACAAUGAAGCAGAAAAAGGAUACAGAUCCCAGACACCAUCCGCACCGACAUGGACAACAGACUCAACUCUGCCUUUUGGAUUUGUCAUCAGUGAAUCACAAGAAAGUGCCUCACAUAAAUAAUGCAUGUGCUGUGUCUGCAGCUGGACUUUCAGUGUUUUUUUUUUGUUUUUUGUUUCCUUGAUUCAAAAUACACAUAUAACAACCCCCUCCCUUCCCCCCCUUCUCUCUCUCUCUCUCUCUGAACACUUUAACAACUACAUUUCUCCAGCAGUUUUUUUUUUGUCAGUCUGACCAUAUGUUUAGUGUUAAGAUUCUACCAUGUCACAUUUUUAUCGUGGAUUUAUAUUUUUUUUGUGGUCCGUGAACAUUUAAUUUUGUGUGUGUGUGUGUGUGUGUGUGUGUGUGUGUGUGUAAACCUUUGGUGUCUUUAUUGCUGUUAAUGCAGGAUAUAAUAAAAAAAACCUGCAAACACUUCAGUAAAAUUAAGUUAGAAUAAAAGUCUUGUAAUUAGUACUGGGAAUGUUUCUAUCUUUGGUUGUUGGGGCACAUUUUUUUAAAUAUUUUGUCAAAUACUUUCAUUUGUAUUUUCUCUUAAUGACAGUGUUUAAUCAAUCAAACCACAACAGCAAUUCAUUUAUAAAUAGGAUAGAAUAUGCAUGUAAUAUCUUUUUAUAUACUGUAAGAUUUACCAUCAUCUAAUGAAAUAAGCAUGUGUAUAAGAGUGAUGGGUCAUCUGUUACCACUCAUAUUAGAUCAGUAUGUUGAAUAUCAUCAAACUGCACAACAUCUAUAAAUAUUUGCUUCCUUGUACUGUAGUUCCUCUUUGUUUCCUACUUUGUCUCGACAAUAUAAAGACGUUGUGUAGAAUAAUUAGCUCAAUAAAGACUGCUUUAAAAAAUA